UCCGUGUACGAUUACCCCCACAUCCAACGCUAGGAUGACUUCUCCACCUACAAACGCUGGUCCUCUAGCAGGAAUCAAGGUCAUCGAGUUCGCAGGGCUCGCUCCUGUACCGUUUGCAGGCCUUAUUUUAUCCGACUUUGGUGCUUCAGUCACCCGCAUUGACCGGUGCACCCCGCACACCAUCAUACAUGAGUCGCUCAACACCGAUAUUCUAUGCCGCAACAAGCGUUCUAUUGCCGUAGACUUAAAGAGCCCGAAGGGCUUGGAAAUCGUCCGCCGCCUCGUCAGGAACGCGGAUGUCUUGAUUGACCCGUUUAGACCCGGGGUGCUGGAGAAGACAGGCUUGGGGCCCGAAGUGUGGUUUGGCAAAGACGGCAAGGGCGAGGAGCAGAAUGACAGGCUGAUUUAUGCAAGAAUAGCAGGCUUCCGCAGGGAUGGUCCGCAUAAGGACAUGGCAGGUCACGAUCUGAAUUAUCUGGCACUCAGUGGUGUUCUUUCGCUCCUCCCCGGCACAGAAGAGAAGCCUGCAUUCCCCUUGAACCUUCUGGCCGAUUUUGCUGGUGGAGGGCUGACCUGUGCUUUGGGAAUUCUACUUGCCCUAUUUGAGCGCACUCAUAGUGGCCGUGGCCAGAUUGUGGAUACCGACAUGGUAUCAGGCGUCAGGUACCUCUCGACGUUCCCUUUCCUGCACGCUUACCUCCGUACACCUAUGUUCGCGAAUCCCGCUCUCCCCCGACAAUCGAACAUCCUCGACGGCGGCGCCCCCUACUACGGCAUAUACACGUGUGCAGACGGGAGGCACAUCGCGGUUGGGUGCCUCGAGCCCCGAUUCUUCAUGAUAUUUUUGGAGAGGUUCAUGGACGGCGUACCAAGUGCAUGGUUGGAAGUCCAGAAAAAACGGGGUUGGGUGCCGGAUGCAGGGUCGCAGAGCAGAAAAGAGGAGUGGGGCCACCUGCGCGCAUUUUUAGAAAGGGGGUUCAGGCUGUUGGAACGCGACGAAUGGACGAAGGUGCCGACGCGUGUGUGACACCGGUCCUCACACCUUCCGAGGCUGCCCAUCUGAGUGCGCAAUCUUUGUCUUCCGCUUCCGCUUUCCAUUCGCCCUCUCGCCCUUCGCCGGUUCCGCUGCCAGCGCCCAAUCUUUCUCGUACUCCUUUCUCUGCCUCCAUAGGCCGGUUGACCCUGCUGAGGCCGGGGCAGCAUACCAAGGAGAUCUUACACGAAUCUGGGUUAGAAAUCGAAGAAAUUGAGAAACUCGUCCGAGAGGGCGUGGUUGGUGUUGAUGCCGAUGAUGCAGCGGUCAUGGCGAAGCUAUAAUGUUUUCCGUGAAUGAUCUGGGAAAAUUGUAAUAUGGGAUAUCCGCUUGCCCCAUCUUGUACAUAUAUGUACAUGCAUUCGUUGUGUACAAACAGUCUCUCA